AUGCCGCCCUCUCAUCCUCGAGAUCCUAGACCAGAACCUCCCAGGAGCAAGAGGCAACGCACUGCCCUGGCUUGCGACUCGUGCCGCGUGCGAAAGACCAAAUGCGAUGGCGCAAGACCCUCCUGUGGGAUCUGUGUUGACCUCGAAUUUGUCUGUAAUUAUACACAACCAGUUCGCAGACAACAGAGUAUCCCUAGCGAGGCAGAUUCCCCGAUUGAAUCGCGGCUUCGUGCGAUCGAACAGUCUUUGCGACUGCUGGCGGCCAAUAUUGGGAUCUUGCCGGCAACCAAGACCAGGGACCGCACCACUGCUUCGUUCCUUGGUCUAACAUCGCCAUCGUCCAGCACCGACACUCCCUUUGACUCUUCAUCGCACUUGUCUGGGCAGCAAGCGAGAGUGCCACAUGGCGCCGAUCAAAUUCUGGUCAACCCUCAACCUGAUACUUCGCAAAAUGACACGGUCGAUGGCAUGGUCGUGAUCACGUUCGCAGACGAUGCCACCGCCGCUUGUUUUGGCCCAUCUUCGAAUUCGGCGUUUUUCUCGACCAUCAAUGAUGCCGUGGAUCAGAUGCGCAAUGUCCCUGCCCGGCAUCAUGGCGACACUGUAUGCGAGCAACAAGACUCGACACAUUUCUCUCGGCCGGUUUCACCAAACCCCUCGCCUCGAAGGAACCCGCCCUUGAGCUUGGCUGUCGAUGAUGUUAACUGCUUUAUACUGCCCAAAAAGGAAACGAUAAUUGAGUUGCUAGAUCGUUUCUUCACCGGCUUUGGCAUGCUCUUCCCUUACAUCUACAAGAAGACUUUCCUCGACGGCAUUGCCGACAUGGAAAGUACAUCAUUCCGCGGCGUGCGAAGGCCCUGGCUCUGUCUGCUAAACACAAUUAUGGCUUUCGCGACCAGCGGAGCUGUAUACCCACACCGCGGUCAGAAUCAAACGGAUGCAGAAAUCUAUUUGCAGCGAGCCCUGAAAGUUUUACAAGAUAUAUCCCUUCAGAGCGCCAACCUUGAAGCAGUUCAAGCUUUGCUCUUGAUUCUCCAGUACCUGCAAGGGACACAGCAGUCGGCUCGAACCUGGACCCUACAAGGGCUCACCGUCCAUGCUGCAUUUCAAAUUGGCCUGCACUCACCCGCCGAGAAUGCAAAGUACGGCCCUUUGGAACGAGAAAUUCGAAAGCGGUGUUGGCACAUGUGCUGCAUCAUGGAUAGAACAUGCAGCAUGACUUUUGGAAGACCCCAGAGUAUCAGGCAGGAUUACCAACUCGUCGAACUUCCUCAGGAUGUUGACUUUGAGACGCUCGGUUCCGAGAGCCGACAAGAACAGGUACCAAGUCGCGUGAAUGGGGUAUCUGUUGUGGCUGCGUUUGUUCAAUCCAUAAAGCUGUACGCACUUGUGGGAUUAAUCUUGCAGACCGUGUAUCAAAACAACAUUCAAACUAAGGAGAUUCUUCCGACUUCAAAAGUGUUUCAGAACAUCAUGGCAAUCGAACCGCAACUGGCAGCAUGGAAGACCGAAUUACCUUCCCACAUUCGGCUCCAAACUCGGGAUACCAUUGUUGAGGCCACGAACCCUGCAGUGUCGGACACGCCCACGGACAUUACAAUGAGUCUCGUAUUAACGCUGCGAUUUCUCCACACGCGCAUGCUGCUUCACCGCAGGAUGCUGGUCUGCUUUCUUCAAAAUAGGAGAUCAACUACGGAUACCGAUGGUGAACGGCACUUCUUGAUGAAUUUUGGCAAAGCCAGUGUUGAAAUGUGCUUGUCCGCAGCUCUGGACAUCCUCGAUAUCCUCAAAAAUAACUCUCCAUCGUCGACGAGGCCACCAAUACUGACGACCUGGUGGUUCCAAAUCUAUUACGGCAAGUUGUGCUUUGUUUUUCCCUGCUGCCGAACCAGGGCUGAUGAUUUGUGA